UCACUGUCAAAAUUCCAUUUGUGUUCGUGUUUGUCAAUGUCAAAUACACGUAACCUAAACCUAACCUAAAAGCGUUGUUUAUUUACACUACACCUAUCUCCAUCAAAAUAAUAACCUCAAACUAUAUACAUAAAGUAAUCAUAAAAUGGCCGAUAUAAUUGAUAAUGAGGAAAUCGACAGAGAUACCGUAGAGCCAGAAGCUUUAGAACAACAUUUCCGAAAAAAGUAUAAGCUGCUAACAGAGUGUGCGGUGACACUUAAAAAAUCCUAUAUUAACAAAUUACAUGCGACAAUAUCAUUAAAACUUGCAGUUAGUCUGUCCGAUAAUAGCAUAGAGGUAUACCAACUGAACAACACAUCUCUCAACAAAAUAUGUAAACUAAGUGGACAUGAAAAGACACUCACAGAAGUGGUGUGUGAUCCGAAGGAGGAACAUUUAGUUUACUCAGCUGCACAGGACGGACUAGUGAAGCUGUGGGACACCCGGGUCAGUGGAUUAGGCAAUAUUUCAAUAAAACGUCUUAAUAUUUUAAGUUCCAUUGGACGUACCAACGAGAUUAUCCAAAAUAGAUGGGACAGUCAACGUGUUAAGACAUCACUAUCUUACGGCUCCUACAGUGACUGUGCUGGUAGCUUACCAGGAUGGCAUUUUGUUGAUGCUAAUUGUUUCUGUUUUAAACCAAAUUUUAUGUUACAGGUAAAAUUCCACAAGACACAGACCGAGGUACUAGCAACAGGAUCAUUGGAUGGUCUAAUAAAUAUAUUCAAUGUGAUGGAACUGAGUGAAGAUGAUGCCCUAACAUACUCUCUGAAUGUAGAGAACUCGGUGGAGAAGCUGAGCUGGUUGGAUGAGAAGCAGGUGGCUUGUAUCACUCAGUCUAAUGACUUGCAGUUCUGGGACACUCAAAGUGGGGACUUGCUGCGGACCUUCACUAGAGAUAAAGUAUCUAGGAGUAUAAAGAGAAGUAAAGCAGAUGACUGUUUCUUAGUAGACACAUACACUUCAAUAGACGACACGCCGGUGGUGCUCGCAGGCUCAUAUGGAGGGAAUGGACACGUGCUGCGCUCGGCGACGGCGGCGGGCGGCAGGCUGCAGCCGGCCGCGCUGUUCCCCGCCAACCGGCAGACCGUCCGCUGCAGCCACUACGACAAGGACCGCGACAUUCUGGUGACUACGGGCGAGGCGGCCAUCAUCUCUGUGUGGACCGGAAGUGAGGCUGCAGAAAACGGAACUACCUUUGGGAAGAUAUCUCAGUCUUUGAACAAGCUGCAUAUGAAUAGGCACAAGCCAUACUGAUGUUAUUGGUGCUUAUGACUGAAAUAAAUUCUAUAUAACUAUUAAA